AUGUCUUUUCCCGCUACCGAACGUGCUGGCGCUGCACUGUCGCGGGCUGCAAGCCUCGCGGAAGGGCGCAAGAACCCGGAAACCACCCCCGAGCACCUGCUCGCCGCCCUGCUCGACGAUGCGCCGCACGGGCUGGCCCUCCGGCUCCUUCGCCGGCUGGACGUCGAACCCUCCGCGCUGGGUCGCAACCUGGACGCGGCCCUUGCCGCGCUACCGGUGCAGCACCAUGCAGCCCAGGGCCCGCCUUCCGCAUCGCAGGGGCUCGCCAAGGUGAUUCACACCGCGUCCGAGGAGGCCCGAAAGCUCGGGGACGAAUUCCUGAGCGUGGAGCAUCUCCUCCUUGCGCUGGUCUCGCAGGAGUCGGCGGCCAGCCGCGCUCUUUGCGCCGCCGGAGUGGACCGGAAGAGGCUGGAACGCGCGAUCAAGGCGGUGCGUGGUUCCGCUCGCGCCUCGAGCCCGAACCCCGAGAGCGCUUACGAGCCACUCCAGAAAUACGGCCGGGACCUGACGGCCCUGGCCCGCGCCGACAAGCUCGACCCCGUCAUCGGCCGCGACGAUGAGAUCCGGCGGGUCAUGCAGAUCCUGUCGCGGCGCACGAAGAACAACCCGGUGCUGCUCGGGGAGCCGGGAGUGGGCAAGACGGCCGUCGCCGAGGGGCUGGCGCUCCGGAUCGUGAAGGGGGACGUUCCCGAGGGACUCCGCGACCGGCAAGUCGUGGCUCUCGAUAUGGGAGCGCUCAUCGCCGGUGCGAAGUUCCGGGGUGAGUUCGAAGAGCGGCUGAAGGCGGUCCUCGAGGCGGUUCAGGAUUCGGACGGAACGAUCAUCCUCUUCAUUGACGAGUUGCACACCGUCGUCGGAGCGGGCAAGACCGACGGUGCGAUGGAUGCCUCCAACCUGCUCAAGCCGGCGCUCGCCCGGGGAGAUCUGCACUGCAUCGGGGCAACCACGCUGGACGAAUACCGCCAGUACAUCGAAAAGGAUGCCGCGCUCGAACGGCGGUUCCAGACCGUUGUGGUGGAUGAGCCAUCGGUCUCCGACACCGUCACCAUCCUGCGCGGCCUCAAGGAGCGCUACGAGGUCCACCACGGGGUGCGGAUCCAGGACGGCGCGCUGCUGGCCGCGGCGUCCCUGUCAAGCCGCUACAUCUCCGGCCGCUUCCUGCCGGACAAGGCGAUCGACCUGGUGGAUGAAGCCGCUGCCCGCCUGCGCACCGAGAUCGACAGCCUGCCAACCGGUCUCGACGAGGUCGAACGAAGGCUGCUGUCACUUCAGAUCGAACGUGAGGCGCUCAAGAAGGAAAAGGAUGCCGCCUCGCGAGAACGGUUUGCGGAUCUCGAGCGACGGAUCGCGGACCUCGAAGAGGAGGCGCGAGCCCUCCGCACCCAGUGGCAGGGCGAGAAGGCGCAACUCCUCGAGGUGCGGAAGCUGCGCGAGCGGAUGGAAGAGGCGAAUCUCCAGAUGGAGCGGGCUGAACGCAAGCAGGACCUCGGCCGGGCGGCCGAACUCCGGUACGGGACCAUUGAGGAACUGAAACGCGAACUGACGGCCGCAGAGACGCGGCUCGGUGGGCAGGAAGGGCGCCUCCUCCGCGAGGAGGUGGACGCCUCCGACGUGGCGUCGGUGGUUUCGCGCUGGACGGGGAUUCCGGUGGACCGGCUGCUUGAAGGGGAGCGGGAGAAACUGCUCCGGCUGGGAGACCUGCUCCACCGCCGGGUCAUCGGACAGGACGAAGGGGUACAGGCGGUGGCCGACGCGGUGGUCAGGGCUCGCGCCGGCGUUCAGGAUCCCAAUCGACCGCUCGGCGCUUUUCUCUUCGCGGGCCCCACCGGGGUAGGGAAGACCGAGCUGGCCCGGGCGCUUGCCGCCGAGCUCUUCGACGACGAGCGCGCCAUGGUGCGCCUGGACAUGUCCGAGUACACCGAGAAGCACUCGGUGUCCCGCCUGACCGGGGCGCCCCCCGGAUAUGUCGGGUUCGAAGAGGGUGGCCAGUUGACGGAGGCGGUGCGCCGCCGGCCGUUCGCCGUUGUCCUGCUGGAUGAAAUCGAAAAGGCCCACCCACAGGUGCGGACCGUGCUCCUUCAGGUGCUUGACGAUGGCCGGUUGACCGACUCGCACGGCCGGCUGGUGAACUUCCGCAACACGGUGCUCAUCAUGACGUCGAACGUCGGGAGUGAGCGGGUGCUGGCGCUUGCCGAGGCGGGGCGCGGAUAUGACGAGAUGAAGCGCGAAGUGAUUUCGGAACUUCGGCGCGAAUUCCCGCCCGAGUUCCUGAACCGGGUGGACGAGACCGUCGUGUUCCAGAGUCUCAACCGCGAACAGAUCGCCGCGAUCGUGGACCUCCAGCUCGACCGGCUGCGCCAGCGGCUGAGCGAACAAAACCUCUCGCUCGCAGUGGGCGAAGAGGCCCUGCGCGUCCUGGCCGCCGAGGGAUACGACCCGCUCUAUGGCGCCCGUCCGGUCCGUCGGGUCAUCCAGCACCGGGUCGAGACCCCGGUCGCGCGGAUGAUCGUUGGCGGCGUGCUUCCGCCCGGAGCCUCGGUCGAGGUGCGGAGCGAUGCUGGCGGAACGAUUGAGGUCGCGGCGCGCGGGGUGGCGGAAAAAGCCGAGCCGGUCCCGGCCUGA